GGACAGCGUGCGUGGGCACGGGGAAAACGGGAAUACACUCGCCAUGACUGCAUCCCCUCGGGGCCUGCAGAAAGCCAGACCUGCCAGUUCCCCCUCUGCACAGAAACAAGGGCAAAGAGCAGCUGCUUUUGAGGUUCACUUCGGGAGGUCUUCCUCAGCAGAGACUUGCAUGAUUGAGCAGCUUGUUGGUCCAGGGUUUGGACACCUCUCCUGCCCCAUGGCCCAGCAAUCCAUGGCAGGAGGAGAAGUCUUGUUCUUGCCACAGAUAUUCUGUCCCAGGGCUGGUCUCCCUGUCAGGACAGUGGGCAGAUGGGGGUCACCUAUGGUGCUGUGACCUCCUGCAGUCACGCUGAUGGAGGAGGCUCCUGAGAGCUGCCUGGGCCACCUGUGCAGAGGGACAGAAGCCCUCAGCAAGGCACGGCUGAGAGCCUGGAGGAGUCCCAGGCUGUGUCACAGCCAGACAGACCCGAGUGGGAUAAUUCCCAGGGAGGAAUGUGUGCAUGGAUCGGUGGAGAUGGCAUGGGAGGCAUUUCAAGGGUUGCAUUCCUCAAGGUUUGGGUGGAGAACUGGCAGGUGGCUGAAGGAUGGAGAGGAGCAGGUCUAAUUUCCAGUAGCAAAGGAGUGGUGGGUGAAGCCUCCCAGAGUGAGGAUAAUGUGGUGGAGACGGAGAAGGAGGCUGUGGGACCACCACAGCUGGAGAUUUCAAAUGGCUUAGCCACUCCUUUUUUAGGAAGGAGGGAGACACGGGAGUCUCCCGGGGCUCAUUUUCCACCAUCUCCUCGGUGCUGGGAUCCCCGUGUGGGUGUCUGCAUCCCUCCACCCCCCAACACGCUGGUGUGGGAUGGGUCCUGGCCUCACCGAGCCCCACUUCCACCCUUCUCCCUCCUAUCGCCAGGGCUCAGUGCCCUAAAAAUCGCGGAAAGGAGGGUGCCAGGGGAGCUCGGGGCUGGCACGCGUGCGGCUGAGGUUAUUCACCCCGGGGCGGGCGGCAGCCUGGCAGCUUCCCUGAGCAGCGCUUCUGCGUGUCCUGCUGCAGCCUCCGGCAUCUCCCCGAGCUCCCCUCUGCACCGUCCUCUGCCGAAACAGCUCCGGAGAGAUUUUUUUUCCUGGGAUCGGGACAGGCAGGUGCUCUUGUGGCGGAGGGCGGCAGAGAGCGGCAGAAGCAGCUGGCUCCUUCCCGGGGAAGGCAGGCAGGGAGCCGGGGCCCGGGGCCGGAGGAUGCUCGCCGCGGUCCCCAGCCGCGGGGAUGCGGGGUUGCUAGGAGGCAGGUGAAGGUGAAGGUGAAGGUGAAGAGGAGAGCGCUGCGGAGGACCGCAGGCCCAGAUCCGCAUGUCAGACCAUCACGACCCCAGCGAUGGGGAGUCAGACCCCCAGCACGGCAUUACUGUGGUCUUCCUCCUCGUCCUUGUCUUCUUCGUCAUGGGGCUGGUGGGGUUCCUGAUCUGCCAUGUCCUCAAGAAGAAGGGUUACCGCUGCCGGACCUUCCGGGACGAGCUUGACCCAGAUGACAAAGAUGAGGUGGAGGAGCUCGAGGAUGAUGAGGACGAGAAGAAUGAUGACACCGUGGAGAAGAUCGUGAGGUGCAUCAUCCAAAAUGAAGCAAAUGUGGAGGCCCUCAAGGAGAUGUUGGGGGAAAAUGAAGGGGACGUGCCAGUGCCAGUGCCCAGCCUUUGUCCCCACAGCAGCAGCCAGGACGGGGGCCCCCCACAUCACCACACGGUGCACCUGGGCUCCACGCAGGCCCCCUGCAUCCACUGCAGCAGGAGGAAGAGGCACCCGCUGCAGCGCCAGGGGCGGUCCAAGGAGGGCAAAAGCAGGAUGCAUCCCGGAGAGACCACCGUCUUCUCAGUGGGCAGGUUCCGUGUCACGCACAUCGGGAAGAAGCCGCCCGUCCAGGAUGGCGCCCUGCCCGCCGGCAGCCGGCAGCCGAGCACGGAGGAGCUGGAGCGCAGCAGCGAGAGGCUCCAGUGGGAGCGGGCGCUCAACGGGACUGUCCCCACGGGCGGCCUGCAGAACGGGGCCAUCCAGACGGGCACUCAGGGUGGCAAAAGCGCGGAGCAGAGCCUGUCCGCCAGCCCGGCCGCGAACACACCAGCCAGCUCCGGCACCCGCGAGAGCCGGCGGGCGGCCGUGGCUCCCGUCCCGGUGGCGCCCAGCCCGGUGGUGUCCAGCCCUGCGGGGUCCGGCCCGGUGGGGCUCGGCCUGGCGGGGUCCCUGCAGGAUGCUGGCUCUGCUCCCGGGAGCUCGAGCCGCCAGCGGAGGCUCAUGAGCAUGCCGGCACUGGGAGCGUCGAGUCCCAACAUCCCAGCAGAGCUGGCGAGGGAAGGAGCCGGCAUCUGCCUGGAGGAGAUCGGACUGGAGUCGGCAGAUGAAGUGUCGGAUAUCCACGGGAGCCUGAGUCUGCAGGAGCAGGCCGAUGAGCUGGGGAGAGACGACAGCAGCAGGAAACAGCCCGGAGCGGAGGACGGGAGGCAGCAGGAGCCCAGCGCCGCGGAGCAGGACCGCGUGUGACCUCCUCUCCGCUCCGGGCUGGAGCGUGCACGGGAGGCGCGCAGCCCGCGGACCCCUCGGGCUGGGGGCUCUGCCGAGGGCAGCCGUCCCCGGGUGGGCAGCUACGCGCUUGGCAUGGCCGGAGCGACGCGCCGGCGUCACCG